AUGGCGGCUUCUAGGUCGGAGCAAGAGCAAUCAGUUCUCUCUAAUUCCCCUGCGUUCUCCAGUCAAUCAACAACACAUGCACAGAAUGAAGACUCUCUUUCACCAUCAGUAACAACAACGACUGAAUUACUGUGUUUAGUAUGUUCCGACAAGGGGUCUGGAUACCAUUAUUCGGUAUUUUCGUGCGAGGGUUGUAAGGGUUUUUUCAAACGAACCGUUCAAAAACAACUGAAAUACAGCUGUAAAGAAAGCAGGAACUGCGAGAUUACAAAGUACAGUAGGAACAGUUGCCAGUCAUGCCGCUUUCAGAAAUGUGUCAACAUGGGCAUGAAAAUAGACGCUGUACGAGAAGACAGAACACCGGGUGGUAAACAGAAAAUAAAGCGCUCACGAUCACAUUCAUCAAGUCUGCCCGUGAACCAAAGUACAAAAAAAACAUUCCCUAAUGUGAGUGAUACAAACAAUGAUACAGCAUCCUCGUCAUCGUUAACCGAUACAAAUUCCCCUCAACCUGAGAAACGUUUAAAAGAAGACAGUGACGUUUCACAGGAGGAUCAAAGUAAAGCGUAUGAGACAAUGGCCGAGUUACUAACCGCUGCACGUCCUGACAUAGUACCUGAAGCUCAGUCAUUCAAGGAUAUGAGUAAUUUUGGCAUAGAUGAUUUGAUGCAGUAUGGAUACAAAGAAUUGCAGUUAAUUAUACAGUGGGCUCGGCAUGUGCCGGGAUUUCGAGGUCUACUGAUAGAAGAUCAAAUGGCACUUUUAAAAGCAUCAUUCAUGGAACUAAAUGUACUCAGGUUAGCAUAUAGAUCUAGAAGUGAAAAUGGUUUGGUUAGAUUUGGCGCUAACAUGAAGCUCACCAAAGAUCAGGCCAUGGAGAUUGGCUGGGGACAAGAACUGAUACAAUCUACUUUAAAUUAUGUUUCAAGGAUACAAGAAGUUAACGUUGAUCACGUAGAGUUCUGUUUUCUUAACGCCAUUGUACUUACUUAUCCAGAUGCCGCAGGACUACAAGACAAAACCAGUGUAACAACUCUUCAAGCCAAAAUAGUUGAUGCACUUCGACACUACAUCAAAACACACUAUCCAAAAGAUGCCAAGAGAUAUGCAAAGGUGUUACUAAGGUUACCAACUUUACGAACUGUUGCUUCUAAAGCAACUGAGAGAUUUUUAUCAAUGACAUUGGAUGGCACAAUACAAAUCAAUGAAUUAGUAUCAGAGAUGAUGGGAUAAGCAGCCAUAUUGAGAAUAAUUAUUGAGUUAUGUAGUCAUAGAUUUUAUCAAUGACAUCGGAUGGUGCAUGUGUAUGAUGCAAUUCACUGAAAUAGUCUCAGAGAUAAUGGAAUAGGCAGCCACGUUGAGAAUAACUAUCAGUUAUGUAGACAUUUAAUUUUUUCAUCAAGUUAGGUACUCAGUCUCAUCUGUACAACUAUCUGUACAGAAUGAUAUUACAUAUUUAUUCAUCAAAAGUACAAAUUGUAUAAUAAAUAGAAUUGUAAAUUAAACUGAAAUCUGAAUAAAAUCAUGAAUGAUCAAACAUAUUUUUGACAUGAGUUGAAUGAAAUUUUGGUAAAUUAUUUUCUGUGACUGGCUCUUAAAAUGUUUAGGGAGUGCGACAAGCUUUUGAAUUAUGAACCUCAGCUGUAUUUAUUUUUAAUUCAAAGUGACUCUCUCAAAGUACUGUAAAAUACUUUAUUUUAGUUGGAAUUAAUUUUUGCUGAGAAGACAUUUUAGUUGUUUUUUAUGAAUUUUAAUUUUAACGAGUUGAAUGUAAAAUAUAGAAAAAAAAGGUAUUUUCUUCAGCAAAAAUAGUGACAAAUAAAUUCCAAGUGAAGAUACAGUGUAAAGUACUUUAUAGUACAUGUAAGAAGUAAUAUUCCAGAUACUUGCUUGUUUAAUAAUCAAGCUAAUGAUAGAACGGCCAAUGAUCAGCUGCAACCUGAAUACUGUAAAAUACUUUAUUUUAGCUGGAUUAAAUUUUUGCUGAAAAGAA